AUGCCACCCCCCAUCAAGAGCAUCGGUGUCGUUGGAGCCGGAAACAUGGGCUCUAUGAUGACCCUCCGCUUCGCCGAACUUGGUCUUCUGGUAUCGGUCUGGGACAUAGAAAGAAAAAAUGUCGAUGAAGUGGUGAACUACGCACGAGAAGAUAAGAGCAUCACAGGUCGGGUUCAGGGCUUUUAUGACAUCAACCAAUUCGCGAAGAGCCUGGAGGGCAAGUCCGACCGGAAGCUAUUCAUGUUCUCCAUCACGCACGGUGAGCCUGCAGACGAAGUACUUCGCAUGCUUAAACCCGAUCUCAAAGAGGGCGAUAUUAUCCUUGACGGCGGAAACGAGAACUACCGGAAUACCGAGCGACGCCAGAAAGAAUGUGCUGCCAUCGGCGUUGACUGGAUCGGAAUGGGUGUUUCGGGUGGGUAUCAGUCUGCGCGACGGGGACCUAGUCUCUCGCCUGGUGGAGAUGCCAGAGCCAUCGAGCGUGUUAUGCCAUUCUUGGAGUCGUACGCGGCCCAAGAUCCCAAAUCGGGAACUCCGUGCGUGAAGCGCAUGGGCCCCGGUGGAUCAGGUCACUACAUCAAGAUGGUUCAUAAUGGCAUUGAAGGUGGAAUGCUUUCCGUUCUUGCUGAAACGUGGCAAUAUAUGCAUGAGGGAUUGGGAAUGGAGCAUGGCAAAAUUGGAGAUGUCUUCCAAAAAUGGAACGAGUCUGGCGAGCUUCGAGGCAACUUCCUGAUUAACAUCGGCGCCAACAUUUUACACACAAGAAGAACACCUAAAGGCGACCGUAAAGGCGAAGGAGCCAGCCGGGAUGAUGGAUAUGUGCUCGAUGAUGUACUUGACAAGGUGGUUCAAGACGACGACAAUACCGAAGGCACGCCACUCUGGUGCCUUAUGGAGUCUGCCGCCCGGCAUGUAUCUUGUCCAACGUUAGCGGCUGCCCAUUAUAUGCGAAUCUCAAGUGGAAAUCGCAUAGAGCGAGCACGUGCUGCGAAGAAGCUAGAGAUGCCCAUCCCCAAACCCAUCGAGGGGACCAGGGACCACAAAGAGAUCAUUGAGAACCUACGACAAGCUGUGUAUUGUUCCUUCCUGGCAUCUUUCUGCCAGGGCCUGGAGCUGAUCUCCCGGGCCUCGAUAGACGAAGGCUGGAACAUAAACCUGGGAGACUGUCUGCAGAUCUGGCGAGCGGGAUGUAUCAUCAAGUCCGAUCACAUUGCGGAUUUGCUGCAGCCGCCGCUUGCAGUUAAGAACGAGCUGACGAACACCAAGUUUGUGGAUGCAGUCGCGCAUGAGUUACGCCGGAACUUCCACAGUCUUAAGCAGGUUGUCAUGGAGGGGACCAAGUUUGAUCAGUAUAUUCCGGCUCUCUCAGCUACUCUGGAAUAUCUGAAGUAUGAGGGUGGAUUGGGACUACCGACCAAGUUCAUGGAGGCGCAGAUGGACUACUUCGGUGCACAUAACUACAACAAGCCUGGUCUUCCAGGUGAGGAUCCAGGACCAGUUCACAAGGGCCCCCAUCAUUAUGAGUGGCUACCGGCUUGA